AUGACAAUUGAAGGAGAAACUGCUGUUAUCAAACAAGCAACCAAUGCCAAUGAUAAUGUCAUUGCAAAUGCCAGUGCCAAUGUCAAUCUCAAUGGCAAUGAAAAUCUCAAGAAAAAUAGAAUUCAGGUGUCCAAUACCAAAAAACCACUAUUCUUCUAUGUCAAUCUUGCUAAGAGGUACCUACAACAGCAUAAAGAGAUUGAGCUUUCAGCCUUGGGCAUGGCCAUCACAACAGUUGUGACGAUAUCUGAGAUUCUAAAAAAUAAUGGAUUUGUUAACGAGAAGAGUAUCUUGACCUCAACGGUUGGAACAAAGGAUGUAGCCAAGGGUCGCACUGUUCAGAAAGCUAGGGUGUGUAUUAAUUGA